AUGAAGCUUCUGCCCGUUGCCCCCAUCCUCCUGCUUCUCCUGACAACGCUGGAAGCCAGACCAAAACCUGCAGCCCUGAAGUGCAGGACGGGUCCCUUGGACAUCGUGUUUGUGAUCGACAGCUCCCGCAGCGUGCGCCCCUUCGAGUUCGAGACCAUGCGGCGGUUCAUGAUGGACAUCAUCGGCAGCCUGGACGUGGGCCCCAACGCCACGCGGGUGGGGGUGAUCCAGUACUCCAGCCAGGUGCAGAAUAUCUUCUCCCUCAAGACCUUCUUCACACGGGCAGACAUGGAGAAGGCCAUCAACAGCAUCGUGCCGCUGGCCCAGGGCACCAUGACGGGGCUGGCCAUCCAGUACGUCAUGAAUGUGGCCUUCACCACGCAGGAGGGCGCACGCCCUCUGCACAAGAGGAUCCCCCGCAUUGCCAUCAUCGUGACGGACGGACGGCCCCAGGACCGUGUCACCGAGGUGGCCACCCAGGCCCGGAAUGCUGGCAUCGAGAUCUACGCCGUGGGCAUCCAGCGGGCAGACAUGAACUCACUGCGGGCCAUGGCCUCACCACCGCUGGAGGAGCACGUCUUCCUGGUGGAGUCCUUCGAGCUCAUCGAGCAGUUUGGGAAGCAGUUCCAGGACAAGCUCUGCGGGGUGAACACGUGCAUGGAGCAGGAGCAUGGCUGCCAGCACAGCUGCAUCAGCACCCCCAGCUCCUUCUACUGUGAAUGCAACCCCGGCUACAGGCUCAACGUGGAUGGAAAGACCUGUUCCCCCGUCAAUGCCUGUGAAGACGGGAGGCACGGCUGUCAGCACCAGUGCGUCAGCACUCGUGGGUCGUACUUGUGCCACUGCCACGCGGGUUACUACCUCAACCAGGACAAGAGGAGCUGCUCUAUGAUCGAUUACUGCAGCUUCGGCAACCACAGCUGCCAGCACGAGUGCGUGAGCAUCCCCAACGGGCACUACUGCCGCUGCCGCAGUGGGUUCACGCUGCAGCCUGACAGCAAGUCCUGCAGAGCCACCGACCUCUGCAAUGGGGUGGAUCACGGCUGUGAGUUCAAGUGCGUGAGCAUGGAGGGUUCCUACCGCUGCGUGUGCCCCGAGGGCCAGCAGCUCCAGGCUGACGGCAAGGCGUGCAGCAAGUGCGGGGCUGGGCACAUUGACCUGGUGAUGGUGAUCGAUGGCUCCAAGAGUGUCCGGCCCCAAAACUUUGAGCUGGUGAAGCAGUUUGUGAACCGCAUCGUGGACCUGCUGGAGGUGUCACCCCAUGGCACGCGGGUGGGGCUGGUGCAGUACUCCAGCCGCGUCCGCACCGAGUUCCCCCUCAACAAGUACCACAGCGCGGAUGAGAUCAAGAAGGCGGUGAUGGAGGUGGAGUACAUGGAGAAAGGCACCAUGACAGGUCUUGCCCUCAAGCACAUGGUGGAGCACAGCUUCUCUGAGCUGGAAGGUGCCAGGCCUCUCUCCCACAACGUGCCCAGAAUCGGGCUCGUCUUCACAGAUGGGCGCUCCCAGGAUGACAUCUCCGAAUGGGCCAGGAGAGCAAAGGAGUCAGGGAUUGUCAUGUUCGCUGUGGGCGUUGGCAAGGCUGUGGAAGAGGAGCUGAGAGCAAUUGCCUCUGAGCCGGUGGAGCAGCACUUCUCCUACUCGGCGGACUUCACCACCAUGACCCACCUCGUGGAGAACUUCAAGCUGAACAUCUGCCCAGAGGAGGGCAAAGGGGAGACAGAGAUCCGCAGCCCGUGUGAAUGUGAGGCGCUGGUGCAGUUCCAGACAAACACCGUGGCCAUCCUGCAGAGCCUGACUGAGAAAAUUGCUCAGAUGACGGCCAGACUUGAAGACUUGGAAAAGCAGAUUGCCAACAAGAAGUGAUCCUUGCAGAGGGCUGCAGCGCUCACACAGGGCACGGGGACAUACAGUAGCUAUGUGGCAUUGUUAUUGCUAGGUUAUUGUAAAGCAUCAGUGUUUGUUCUUGUAUCACAAAAUCCCCAGGGGGAUGUGGAGUGUAUUUAAAAA